GUAUCUUACAGACACAAAAAUAAUAAUUAAAUUUGUUAUUGUUAAGUAUUAUGGCAUCUCAUUUAGCAAUUUCUCUAGCAUUUGUUUGCUCACUAGUGCUUUUACUAGCAGUAAAUUCUGAUGCUGGUGGCAUUUCGAUCUACUGGGGUCAAAACGGACAAGAAGGAACCCUGGCCGAGACUUGUGCCACAGGGAACUACAAAUAUGUUAACUUGGCCUUUCUUACUACCUUCGGAAAUGGGCAAACGCCCCAGCUGAAUCUUGCUGGUCAUUGCGAUCCUUCCAGCAAUGGCUGCACUCAAUUGAGCGCGGACAUAAAGUCGUGUCAAGCACAAGGAGUCAAGGUGAUACUUUCUAUAGGUGGAGCCUCCGGGAGUUACACUCUUGUAUCUGCUGCAGAUGCCCGAGACGUGGCAACUUAUAUAUGGAACAAUUAUCUUGGAGGACACUCAGCUUCGCGGCCUCUUGGGAAAGCUGUUUUAGACGGUGUUGAUUUUGACAUUGAAGGAGGAACAAAUGAACACUGGGAUGACCUUGCAAGGUACCUUUCUGCGUAUAGCAAGCGCGGAAAGAAGGUCUACUUGACUGCAGCUCCUCAGUGCCCUUAUCCUGAUGCAUGGGUUGGAGGUGCCCUCAAGACUGGACUUUUUGAUUAUGUUUGGGUGCAAUUUUACAACAAUCCUCCUUGUCAAUACUCUUCCGGGGCUGAUACUAAUCUUGAAGACGCGUGGAAGCAAUGGACUAAUGAUAUACCAGCAACCAAGAUCUUUCUUGGCUUACCAGCAGCUCCUGAUGCAGCUGGAAGUGGCUUCAUUCCGGUGAAUGAUCUCACUUCUCAAGUGCUUCCAGCAAUUAAAGGGUCUUCUAAGUAUGGAGGAGUCAUGCUCUGGUCCAAGUUCUAUGAUGAUCAAACUGGCUAUAGCUCUUCCAUAAAAAAUCAUGUCUAGUAGUUCCAAAUUUGAUCUUCUCAACCGCUUGCAUUGAGUGCAGUCGGUGUGUCUUCUGAGUACUUGAGAGAAUAUUAUUAUGACAUUAUGUUUGUAAUGAACCUUUGUUUAGAUACUUCCUUUUAGUGUUACUUCUAUGGAGAGUAUAUGCUAUAUUGGUACCCUGUUUUUCUCGAUA